UCCGGCUGUCUCUCUUUGUCCGGCAACGAGUAGGCCGUAAUUAACAUGGCCAAUUUCGCGUUCGGGGAUAAAUAUUAAAUCGUAAGUCUAUUUGACAUUGAUUGUUUUACAUAUGAGGGUUGACAUCCAUGUCUUGAAUCAACAGUAAGGUGUAUAUUAAUGAGCUGUGUGAGCAACGUUGCACACUAUGUACCUUGCUUGAUGAGGGCUAAACGGCUAACGAUAGCUUGCUUGCGAAUUCUAAUCACGUUUGAAUUAAAUUUGCGAUGAAUUCGCGCGUAACGCGUUAUUUACAACCACAUUACAUAUUCGGAAUGAUCGUGGUUUCAAAUGGGGACACGUGCUUGGAGUGUUUGCUUUUAAAUGUCAUUUAGACAGCCAUCCAGGUAUAUACACAUCUGUAUGUGAUCACAUUGCAGGCAGGCAGAUGUGCAUUCACAUCCAGUCUUUCAUAAUAAUUUAUAAUUACUUUAAUAUCGCAUUGUCUGCCAUUUUAUCGGCUGGUUUGCGUGCUUGCAAAGAUCUCUCGUAUAGUAACUCAAUGUUUUCAGAUUUAUAUGUGAUGCUUUACCAGAUCACAUUAUUAUUUGAGAUCACAUGGAUCUAAUGGAUGCCAAAUCUGACUCAAAACAUGUAUGCAUCCUUUAGUCAUGUUGCUGAAUAGUAGAUACCUGACCUCAAUGGCCCUUUGGAACUGGUACAGCUAUAUUUAAGAAUUUCCACGUGCAAUUCAUACCUGGGGCAGCGGGGUUGAUACUCGUUGGACCCGAGGAGGUAUACGUCAAAUACACUAAUUUCUGUUAAUGAACGGUGACAUGGCACCGCACCGACAGUCAUUUUAAUGGCGGGACAGCAGGCGGGACAGAGUCAAGGAAAACGAGGCAAAGGUUCCCAGAUGAAGAGCCCAGAGAAAAAGAAGAGGAAAUCCAACUCUCAGGGGGCAGCGUUCUCCCAUCUCUCUGAGUUUGCUCCCCCUCCCACUCCAAUGGUGGAUCACCUGGUGGCUUCUAACCCUUUUGAUGAUGACUUUGGUCCGCCAUCACGCUCUGGUGGAGGAGGUGGUCCAGGUGGUGCCUCUUUCAUGCCCAGCCCAGGGGCAGGCGUAGGUGGCUACGGCGGGCCCGGUCGAAUGGGAGGAGGAAUGGGAUUCAUGGGUGGGCCUGGAGGACCUGGAGGUGGCCAACCUGGCCGAAGACCAACAUUUGGUCCCCCGACUCCAAACGCUGGACCACACCACCCUCUUGGAUUUGGAGGCAUGCCUGGCUUUGGAGGUGGAGGAGGUGGUGGAGGAGGUUUUCCACCUGGAGGGACAUCCCAGUUUAACAUGCCACCCAAUUUUAGCCCUCCCAUGCAUCCCGGGCAGGGCUUCAACCCGAUGCUGUCACCUGGAGGAAUGGGUGGUGGUCCAGGAGGCGGAGGGGGUCCACCUCACCCACGGUUUGGGAUGCCUCAACAACAGCCUCCCCAUGGACAAGGGGGGCAUCCCUUCAACAGCCCACCUUUACCUGGGGGCCCUGGCCCUCGUGGUCCUCCGCAUGGCCCCAUGAACCCUAUGGGAGGAAUGGGAGGAGGAAUGAACUUGAUUGGCAUGGGUGGUCCAGGUGGAGGGGGUAAUAUGGUGGGCGGACACCCAGGUAUGCCUCCACAAGGACAGUUCCCUCCUGCGCAAGAUGGCCCAUACCCUGGAUCAAGUCCCCCUAUAGGUGAAGAGGGCAAGAACUUUGGUGGUCCAGGUGGUGGUUCAACAGUCCCUUCUCAACAGCAACCACCCAACCUUAAUCCCUCCGGUCCGCCAUCCAACAAUGCCACCCCUGGUCCAUCCCCAGCCCCUGGACCUCCACAGCCUGGAGGAGGUUUCCCAGGUCAUCCAGAUGUCCCACAACCAAACCCCAACACACCAGGGCAACCCCAGUCAGCUCCACCACCACCCAAUCCCAACUCUUCCCCUACGGGCCCACUUAAUGGUCCACAGCCACAACAAACGCCAACAAAUCAGCAUCCUCCUCCCAACUCCAGUGGUGGCCCUGGCCCCAACACCCCAUCAAAUCAUCAGCAACCAACACCACCAAACUCUACCCCAGGGUCUGGACCAUACAGCCAACAGAACAACACUCCGGGAGGGCCAAUGCCGAACCAACCCAACUCCAACCAGAACAACCUUAACAGCAGUGGUGGCAACACUCCAGGUAGUAACCCCAAUCCUCCAUCCAAUUCCAACUCCACACCCAACACCCAGUCCCCACUUCCCAGUGGGCCUGCUCCGCCAACUGCUGGCCCAGGCUCCGGUCCCCCAAAGCUAGGUGGAGGUAUGGUUUUCCCCUGUGGCCUUUGCAUGUCAGAAGUUCACGACGACCAAGAGGCCAUCUUAUGUGAGGCAUCAUGCCAACGCUGGUUCCAUAGAGACUGCACAGGCCUAACUGAGCCAGCAUAUGGCCUGCUAACAAGAGAAAGUGCUGCUGUGUGGGCCUGCGACUUUUGCCUCAAGACAAAGGAAAUUCAAGCAGUUUAUGUGCGCCAGGGACUGGGACAGCUUGUGGCUGCCAAUGAUGGCUGAGGGACUGCUGUAAAGAGCAGAAGGGGAAAAUGUAUUUCUUGGUGCUUCAAGUGUUGUUUCACGGUAAGAAAUGGCAAGGGUAAAUUGGAACUGAAGAAUUAGACUGAGAACCAGAGGAGAGGGGGAUACUGAUUGAACCGGACUUGAACAGUCUCUUAAUCUCGUUGUACUAACAAUAUAUUUUCUUCACAGAACUCUUCAGCACUUUUAGGGUCCCUGUUUCUAAAUAAUGUCCUAAAACCAGAACUUUGAAAGCUUUAUAUAUAGCAUACCAUGACACACUUUGAAAAUUCCAGGUUCCUUCAGAUUAGAGAUUGCACUCAUUGGUCUUCAUUUGUCACAAAAAUGUGGAGGAUUCUGGCCACAAUUAAAAUUUUUGAUUCUGGCCACAAUGAAAAGUCUAUAAUGUACAUAUUUAAUACCCAUGUACAAUAAUUUAUCCUUUUGUGAGACUCUAAAUCAGCCUCCAAAAAGCUGUCCAACCUUGUUUUUUCUGAUAUAAUUUUUUAUAUCUUCAAAAGCACUGACACCAACUGCUACCUCAAUUUGACAAAAGUCUGGAAAAGAACGCUUUGGCAUUAACUAAUGUUAAGGCAAGAGCCUAUAGUCACCACGCAACCUCUCCUCUCUCUCAGUAAUCUCCGUUUCAGUGUAUCCAAAUGGAACUGGCAGCAUUCUGCACCUUUGACUAUGACAAAAGGCAUAUAAAGACAUGUAGAAAAUGAACAUUCACUAUGUCCAUUGUGGAAUACAGGUGAGAUUUUCAACUGACAGAAAUAAGGGUCCUGCAAUUCUGUCAAUAAAACUUGAUUGUUUUUUUUUUAUGUACAGCUACACACAGUUUUGUUUCCACACAAAAGUGGACAUUGGUGGAUGAUGGCAUAGCGAAUAGUGGUAAUCCAUAACUUUAUCAGUGUAUGUAUGUAGUCUUUGGAUUGCAUGUGAGCCAAUGCAGUACUUUGUCAGAUCCGUUUUGAAUCUUUACUGUUCUGAUUAGGCCUCAUCCUGUGCUAUGAAGUUGACCAAAUAACAGACAAAAUCAGAUGUUGUUGCAGAGUAAAAUGUUUGCAAUUUAUUUGUUUUUCUGUUUUCUAUAUUUCUGCCCAAGUUCCCUUUUUUAUUUUAUAUGUACCUUUGAGUGCUUGUUCUGGUGCCCUGCAUUGUGCAGUAAUAUGGGGGUGCUCUGUGCUCAGGCUCGUACUGAAAGAAGUAAACUGAAUUUUUUGAAAGGAGAAACUGUUUUUUUGUUUGUUUUUGUUUUUUACGAGUGCCUGUCUUUGUGACCUUUUUAUUCUAUUAAAUUUGUCUUUGACAUCCCUUUAAAUCAGGUCAUGAAAUUUUAGACAUCUGUAUUUUAAAAAAAUAUAUAUAUUUUUUUGAUUAACUGAUAAAUAAGC